GAUUUGUUUUUUUGGUGGCUUUGCGUAGGCUUUGGGGCUCUUGUUCCCGUUUGAUCUUUGCUUGGCGUGAAUCCAUGGCGGUUUCGGAGAAUUUGCCGGUGGGCUCGACGAUUCCGCCGCCCGACUCGUACGGCGCGGUCGUCCUCGGCGGUACCUUCGACCGCCUGCACGAGGGGCAUCGCCUUUUUCUUAAGGCAUCCGCGGAGCUGGCGAAAGAGCGCAUCGUGGUGGGCGUAUGCGACGGUCCAAUGCUGGCCAAGAAGCAGUUUGCUGAUCUAAUACAGCCAAUUGAGGAGAGAAUGCAAAAUGUCGAGAACUUCAUCAAGUCUGUUAAACCUCAUUUGACGGUCCAAGUUGAACCCAUUACUGAUCCCUACGGGCCUUCCAUUGUAGAUGCAGAAUUGGAGGCUAUUGUUGUCAGCAAGGAGACUUUACCCGGUGGAAUCUCCGUAAAUAAAAAAAGAGCCGACAGAGGUCUUUCACAGUUGAAGAUUGAAGUUGUAGAUUUAGUUUCCGAAGGAUCGAGUGGAGACAAGCUGAGCUCUACAACAUUGCGAAGGCUCGAAGCCGAGAAGGCCGCUGAUCAACAAUCAGCCUAGACAAAUCCCAAGGAGAUUUCUUGUGUUUGCAGGCGAAAGCUUGCGACGAAUUUCGCGAAAAUGAACGAUCUCAUGACAGAGUCGUUCUUAAAUUAUGUGGAGUUGAAGAAACAGGCCCAGAAAGACCUCGAAGCCGAGCUCGACCUCGAAAUGGGCCAACUCGAUGCGGCGGAGGAACAAAACCUCUCGCAGUUCUUUUACGAAGUCGACGCAAUCAAGUCCGAAAUGGAGGAGAUAACCAAUCUCUUGCUUGACCUACAAAGCCUAAACGAGGAGUCCAAGUCCACGUACAGCGCGAAAGCCCUUGGCGGCCUCCGGGACCGAAUGGACUCGGACAUGAUCUCCGUCCUCCGCAAGGCUAAAUCUGUGAAAGCACUGCUCGAGUCCCUGGACCGGUCGAACCUGAUGAAUCGCGGGCUGUCGGCGAAUUUCCAAGAAGGAAGCUCGGUGGACCGGACGAGGAUUUCGGUCACAAGUGGCCUGAGGACCAAGCUCAGGGAGACGAUGAAUGAGUUCCAGCUUCUGAGGGACAAGAUUGUGGCUGAUCACAAGGAGGAUCUUAAGAGGAGGUACUUCAAUGCGACCGGGGAGGUUGCAAGCGAGGAGGUCAUCGAGAAGAUCGUCUCGACCGGCGGGAAGAUCGAGCUGUUUGGAGGGAAGACCAAGCUGGGCCUAGGCAUUCCAGAGAAGCAUGAGGCGGUGCGGGACCUGCAGAAGAGCCUGGACAAGCUCCACCAGGUGUUCCUGGACAUGGCGGUCCUCGUGGAGACGCAGGGCGAGAGGCUGGACGACAUUGAGGAGAAUGUGGCCAGCGCGAAUGCAUUCGUGAGCGGCGGGACGAGCAAUCUGUUCUACGCGAAGCAGAUGAAGAGGAAGAGCCGGCAUUGGGUGAAGUGGGUCUGGGCUGUGGUGGUGAUCAUACUGCUCGUGUGCCUUGUUUCCUUGUUGGCAUCUUGAAGUUAUUAAAAGAUUCUUGAAAGUGAUUAGCCAGUUUCAUAGGAUUUCCGUUUCGACGUUCAAGGCUGUUUCUGCACAGCAUGAUUUGUUUUGGUCCACUCAUUUUGGUCAAUAUAAUCUGAACCUCAUGCUUUCUUC